AUGUCAGAAGCGCUGUGGCCAUCCAGACCAAACCAACUAUUCUCCGUCACUCACAAGCACGGGAAUAAUACCGAAUCCUUUCCAUCAGGAAACACACAUCGUGACUCCGUUACCACUUUGGUUGAAUUCGGCGACUGGGUAUCUAGACAAUCACACCACCGGCCCCCCAGUCUCCUUCCGCCGGCUCCCCAUCUCUUCCCAAGUACCUUUCACAGGGAGACCGGCAGCGUGGAGUGUCGACUCUCUUCAAUAGCCCCGUCCGGUACAGAUCAGGACAGCGGAAGGCUCUCAGGGACUCAAUACAAUUGGAAAGGAAGCGCCACUCCUGUUGAAUUAAACAAGUUGUGUGUCCAGCUAGAGGAAGACUCUUUCGCAUCUCCAUCAAGUCGACCAGCUCCGUUAUUGACUGAUCCACAUUCACGCUACUCAACAUCUCCAUCAGACAUAGGGGCGGACUGUCCGACCACCACAAUAACCGUGUCUAUGAUCUGUUCACCCUCGGUGCCCGUUCCUGAUAUCAACGAGAAAUCCGCCCCGAGACCCGAGAGAAUGAUACCGAGCUUCAGCUCCCCGUUUCCCACCCCCCUUCUCUAUCAAGGAGACUUUUCAGUCCCAGCAGAGCAGACCAUCCCCCCAGCAUAUCUACCAUCUCGACCUGUUCCAACUCCGACUCCGAACGUGUACACCACCAAAUUACCGGUCUCCGGUUCCAAGGAGAACAGCCCGGAGGAAGUCUCAUACAUUGACUGGGACGAUGACGAAGACGGUCACCCCAAAGGUGAAUCACGCUUGACGAGGAUGAAGAAAAGCUUCAACGACCUUCGCGCAGCCGAACGAUUCAUCUCCGAAGCUGCUGCACGAAGAAAAGCUCAGCUGACGAAGGAGGGGCAGAGUGGUACCAGACUCACUGACAGAGCCAUCCCUCUCGGCACCCACGACGACAGACUUGUCUCUCGUCAGAGGGAGAUGUGCGGGGACUUGAAAUCUGCCGGACACCAAACUGUCCUUGCCCUGGCACCGACGCAGCCCUCAACUCCCAUCUCAUCCCGAUCCAAGCAAGGGAGCGUUCGUAUCCAAGUCCCGACACCAGCUAAGCUGAGAAAGCGGCCCAGCGCAUGGUCCAUCUCCAAUCCAAAUCCUCAUUCGCAUUCAAUCCCUCAACCCUCAAGCCCAGCCAACCGGCACACGAGUCGCACAAUCAGCUCCGAGUCGGGAGGUGGUUCGGCAGUGACAUCAAUAUCCAACAACCAAGGGGCCAAGACAAAUAUUAGCACGCCCACAACACCAACACCAUCCUCUGCAGGGUCUGGAACCGGGCAGAGAAAACGAAGUGAGAAGAUAAAAGCAAGAAUGAACCUUGUGACCAAGUGGGUUCGACGAAUCCUCUGGAGCAAGAAGAAGGAAGACGAAUAG